GAUAACUGUGCAAUGCUGGAAACGAUUGUUUUUCUGCUUUUUUCGUGAUAGACGUUGCGUACCACAAUGAUUGUUAGAAAAAUUUUGGAAUAUUGUGGAUAUUCUACAUUUUAUUCAUUGUUUUAUCUGUGAGUGUGCUGCCAAACAAAUAAAGAUGAGCGGGAUAACGGCAGCUGCACCUGUGCCCGCCCCAGGUACCCGUUUCAUGGUACAGUGGGAGGAACAUCCAAUGCACUUGGCCACCAGACUCGGGUACCUGCUGGAGCAUCAGUCUCUGGUUGAUGUCACUCUGAUGUGCAACACUCAUACCCUCAAGGUGCAUCGUUCCGUGCUCGCUGCCUGCAGUCCAUAUUUUGAGUCAGUUCUACAGAGACAGCUGGGAAACCACCCUCUGAUAGUGUUGAAGGACAUGAAGUUUUGUGUGCUGAAGUCACUGAUAGAGUUCAUGUACUGCGGCGAGACCAGUGUCACUGAAGAAAACCUCAAUCCUCUUAUGGAGGCAGCCAAGUUCUUUGAGGUGAAAGGACUGUGUACAAUGUCAAAGGAGGUGCUUGGAGGAGAACGUCCUUCACCGAACAAACCAGUGACUGCCAACCCAGUGAAUGGAACCAGCAAUAGCAUUGCAGAUAUCAUCCCCACGUCCAGCUACCGAGGGCGAGGACGCAGGCCAGGGGUUGGACGUGGCCGUAGAAACCUGUCUACUAUGUUAGUACCCCCUCCUACAGGACAAGGAGCUCCUCAAGCAGAGACUGCCCAAAUCAUGUUGAGUCUGUCAAGCAACACAGCCGGGACUGGAGGUACACUACAAACUACCAGCCGCAACGUGCGGAUCAGUCCUAACAGCCGUGUGGGGCGGCCCCUGCAGCCGGUGUCAGCCUUGCUUCGCAAUGGGUCUCUGGAUACAACAGACCUCAGAGCUCUACGUGAGCAGCUCAACCUGGAACCGCGAAGGAGAGGGCGCAGGCGACAGAACUUUGGCCUGGGCCGUGGCAGGAUCAAAGAUCUGGGGGAUAGUAAGUUUGGUAUUCAAAAUAUCAAGAAAGAAAUGGAUGACAUCCAACAGAAAGACGGAAUACUUGUCAAGCCAUUGGACUCUAAAGUUAACCUCUUUGGAAAUAAUGGUAACAAUGACGCAAAAAGUCCGUUAUUGGCCUCUUUACUCUCUAAAGCUGAAGCUCUUGCCAAAGCUAAGGUAAAAACUGAAAAUGAUGGUGAGGAAGGGCAGACCUCUGAACAAGAAACUGUAUUGUAUCAGUUUGAUGGAGAAUCAAGUGGAGCUACAAAAUAUUUGGAUGCUCUAAAAGAAGCAGGUCUGCCUACUGAUGUACCGGUGUUGAUUGACAAUGGAGACGGUAACUAUGUGACCUUAACUGAAGAUGUGCUUAUGAAUGUUCUUGGGAACAAUGAGGAGUUCCAAUUCCAAGUCACCGAGGCAACUCUCGAGCAAGGUGAUGUUAGCGAGGGGAUUGUUUUGCAGGAUGGAACUAUCAUGAUGACAGGAAAGAAUGGUAAGUCAGAUCUUACUGGACCACUUCUGACAGUUAGUAACAAAGGAAAACCUGUUACCAUAAAAGGUAUUAAAGAAGUAAAAGGAAAACGGGGUCCUAAGCCGAAGCAAAUUAUCGUGAAGGAUAUGCAAGGAGGCAAAUCAGAAGACAUAAUUUCACCUCAGAAAGGAGCGAAGAAAGAAUCAGGCCAAAAAUCAGCCCAGGAGAUGAUCAAUGACGCUGUUUUAGAGAGUUUGAAGAAUGGAGCUGCCAGUGAAGCGGAAACAGACCCUGAUGCUGUUGUCUUGUAUGAGGUCACUGAUAAUGAUCAAGUUUGUAAAUACGUUGUUUCUUCCAAGGAAAUUAGUGCUUUGAAAGCUUUGAAUGAACAAAUUGAAAAACAAAAGAGACAGAAUUCGCCUGGUGAGAAGAAGAGUCCUUUAUCCACUCUCAUGAACGGAAAAGCUAACAUUGCUGAGAUAAAAUUGACUGUACCCAAGAAUUCAAGAAAGUCAAUUGUUUCUGAGGUUUUAGCUAGAGCACACAGUCUUGAACAUCAAGUGAGUACUGGCUUACUAGACCAGCCUUCACAGGAGAAUCAUGGAGAUAAAGAUAAAGUAGACUCUCCACAGUUAUUGGAUAUAAACAUGGAAACAGAUGUUCUUAAUGAUAGUUCACAACUAAUGAAUAUGAACCCGGCAAGAGAUAAUCUAGAAAAUCCCAGUACAAUGGAUCUGAGUGAGGAGGCCCAAGUGUUAGGGGUAGAUAACAGCAUGGUGGUGUUGAACGAUGAGAGUGGGAUAAUGGAACUCAAAGAGCACGAUGAAGAUAUCAAUAUGAGUGACAGUGAACAUCUUAUUGUUAUGAAUAAUAACAACCAAAUUUUGCAACAGGAAGGAAUUGACUUAGCAGAGGAACCUAGUGAGGAUUCUCAAUUGAUGCAGAUAAAUGAGAGUAGUCAAGAUGGUGGGGAAACUGAGGGAGCAGCAGGAGUUGUGAAUGAGGAAACUGAUGAAAGUGUUCCACAGUCUGGAAGAGACAUGCCUUUGUUGGAAACUGACCCACAAUUAGUUGAACUUCAGUUUAUUAAUGGGAAUGGUCAGAAAAUUGAAGAUUACAGGGUAGAGGGCACUGUCCUCAGUCACAAAGAAAUAUCUGAGAUUACAGGACUCGAUUCACAUCAAGGGAAAGACUCAGAUGUGAUCGGUCUUUUAGACAUGGUCUGCGAAGAAGCUGCAGCACAAGAAGACAUAAGUAACCAGGUUUUGAAUGAUGUAAACACUCUAAAACAAAAUGUGUCUUCAGUUGAAGCAAUGGGGAGUGUAACAUCUGUAGAAAAUUCUAUUGUUCAAUCAGAAUACAAUUUAGCUAAGGAUGAGAAUGGUUUCACAAGAACAGAGCAUUUGGUGUUAGAAGAAGUACAAAAUAUUGAUUCAAGGCACUUACAGUCAACAGAGAUGUCACUGGAUGAAGGCGAGUGUCCAGAUUUGUCUGUGGAACAAGCUUUACAGGCGAUGAUGGGUGAUGAGAAUAGCACAGAAGUAGAGACCCAGGAGUUUGGUGAAGAACAUAAACAUGAAGAUGAGUCUCAAGAAGAGACUUCAUUACAUCAGUUAACUAAUGUGCCACCAGAAUCGGGCACGACUAAUUUAGUUAAUCCAAAUAGUUUUGAAUUUGUUUAUGAUGCUAACGAAAACCCACCUAAUGAAAGCAUAGAAAUCUCUCUACAACCUGAAACACACAUACUAUCUGAACUAAGUACAAAUGAAACCGUAGAAGCUGAGGUCACUGAGGGAGGGGGAACUGAAGAGGCUAUUAUAGUCUCUCCCACAAAAGAUGUGCCAUUUGCUGUGGGUCUGCUUCCACUGAAAGAUGCCCUUGUACAAAUUCAAUCCAUUCCUGAAUAUCAACCAAGGAAAACAAGGUCUGGAAGCACAUGUAAGAUGGAAACUCCUGGAUCUAAACGUCGAUCGUCAGUUGAAAAUUUUGCAGAAGGAUCAGUUAAGAGACGGAAAAGUGUUGAAGACGAAAAUUCUUCAAGCCUUCUUACAGAAGAGGAGAAUGCCCUCUCACUUACGUGAGCAUUAAUAAUUCAAUUUAUUGUUUUUAUUUUAGUUUAUUUAUCCAAAGAGCUUUUUCAUAAUUUCUUCCUUACUUUUCGGUCCACUCUAAUUGUAAGUUUUUUUAAUUGUUAAUAGAGUGAUUUCUAUUUUAUUUUGUCUCCUGUGUAAAUAAUACAACUUUGUUUAAAUCAGUUGAUUGGUUUAGUUUGUAAAUUGCAAAAAGUGUAAAUAAUAGAAAAAUUCUAUCUUUUAUGUUUAAGCUACAUCACGAAGUGAGACACAGUUUUAGAGUAGUGACAAUAAACGUUGUAAUAACGGUUCUUACAAUACCAUGAGUGAUUUUAUACUUCAAAAUAUUUAACUCUUCUUCACAUUGUUAUGGUGUACCAUUUUGUUUCUAAACUUUGUAAAUGGUAAGAAAUUUUGUUAACUUGUUUUGGCUAGUUUUGUUAACAGUAAUAAAAUAUAUUUUAUUGACAGUUGAAUUUUCUUUUUAAUAAAUAGAUUUUAAAAUUAAAAAUUAUUUUAACUUAUAACUUAUAUUUUAAGAAUAAUGUCUUAUGUUUUAAUUUAUAAUGUCAUUACUUCACUUCCGUUUGCAUGAAUAUUAAAAUCCAAUAGUUAUAGUUAUAACAUUAUAUUUGUCUUGCAUGACUAUUUUCGUAUUUAUUUAAAAUUUUAAGUUGCAUUCAAUAAAAUAUGUAGUUAAUUUAUAUAGUAUGACAUAAGCUGUACAUGAGUUAAAUGUGAUCAGUAAGUGUAAUCCAUUUCAGAGCCAUCAAAUCCAGAAACUUUGUAAUUCUACCAUUUUUAAUUAUAAAUUUUGUAGUUUUAUACCAUUAUGAUAGUCUCAAAUAAGUUUUUGUUCACUUACAAUUGUAUUAUGUACCUAAUAAGUGAUGGUUAAACUCAAACAACAUCACAUUCGAUUUAAAUUUAGCAUCUAAAAUUCAUCUAUUCCGUUUAAUGCAGGGUAAUUCAAAAGUCGUGGGAAAUUUUAAUAAUUUGUGAAAUGAUCCAACUUUCAGAACAGAAGUGAAAUUUAACAUACAACUUUAAAAAACUACUCCUUCAUAUCAUCAGUGACAUUUCAGGGAACUAAUCUUGUGGAGUCAUUGGAUAAUAUAAAAAUACAUAGAAGCCCUCAAGUGGGAAAGUCACUGAUGGUAUAAAAUUGUGUGCCUUGGACUCUAUGUUGUAGUUCUGAGUUUGUCUUUUAUAAGUUAUAUUACUUAAUUAUUAUUUACUAUUAACUUCUUUACAGCUUCUGACGAAAUCCAUUCUACACAUACUUUUGCUGAAAAGGGGUGUUGUUAAGUUAUUUCAUCAUUCUAAAUUUUGUUAUUUUUUAUUACAUUGUUUGAAGAAUCUCGCAUCUGAACUAUAUAUCAAUAUGUAGAGUCUUGGAGCAUUGGAAAAACGGUUUAUUGUAGUAUCACUAGAUAAAGGAAUACAACAUUUUCCAAUAUAUAAUUUUUUAUUUUGUGCAAGGCCUUUCUGAAUCAAAGAUUCCAUCAUCAGGCACUUCAGUGUUAAUUUGUGAAGUGCCUGAUGAUGGAAUCUUUGAUAGUUCAUUUACAGAAUUAUAGUUAUGUUCAUCAAUAUGUACUCUAUGAAAAACCAUUAUUAAUCAAACUGUCCUACAACCUUUAGAAGGUUCCCUAAUCACAGUACAGUAAUAUAAUAACAGAUCCAUCACUUCAGAAUCAAAAUUUUACCGAUCAAUUGUUUCUAAGUCUAGGUAUUUUUUUUUGUUUAUAUCAUAUAAGUAUUAAAUUCCGUCACAAUUUAUAAUUUCAUAUUUUAUUUAAUCAACUGAUUAUUAUUAUCAUCAUCAUCAUUCAGAAAUAUGGUGGGUAUCAUGCAGUAUGUUUUUGAUCUGAUCUGAGAAGUAAAAGUAGAACUGGGUUACUAAAAACUUUCAAUAUUUCAUGAAAGCAAGAAAGUAAUAUAGGUGUUACAUUAACAAGUCUCCCUCAUUUCCAGCUGUUGAUGAGGAUGUCACUGACACCACUGUGCUUGAAGUUUGGAGGGUACUUCGCUGUAUCAAUAUUUUGAUAAAGACAAAUUGCAUGAUAAGCACCUGAUAUUAAUUUAGUUUGUUUUAAGUUGACGUUUCUUUCAUAUUGGUUGAAUCUAUUCAAUCUACCAUCAAGAAAUUCGAACUUAGCUUGUGGCUCUAAAAAUAUUUGUUUAUUUAAUAUCUAUGGUAGCCUGUAUCCAGUUUUAUUAUUCCUGUAGUUGUGGUCAUUGUUUUGGUAAACCUUACAGGUCAUUUUACUUCUACCUGGAAAGCUACAGCAGUCAUGCUGAUUCAAACAGAGGAUUCAUGAAUCUCUUUAAAUUUAUAUUUAUUUCUGUCCUAGGGACUGUACCAAUCAGCUUUGAGAAAGCUGUGUGCAGUUUUGUUUACGCGAGUUAACUAUCUUAUCUUUGUACAAAAAGCAUCGUUCAUGAAAGAUUGUGUUCUCCAAAAAUGUUUGUUUUUAGCAUGGUUUGUUUUGCAGUUGAGUGACAAGAUUAGUUUGAUAUUAUGUACUUAGGCAUUUUACAGGGUCCCCUCUUUUAGGUAGAUUUCAUAGAAACCUGCCUCUUCCGAUUGGCAUGACAGAAUUUGCAGGAGAUUUUUUUGAUUUUCUCCAAUCAUGACCCUCAGAAUCUAAAACCACCAUAAAAUAUAAAUAUAUUGUGAACACAAUAACUGCUGUAGUUUUUAAAAUAUCCCGACUUAACUUGAUUCAAAGUCAGUGCUUGCACAUAGCUUGUAUGAGUUCGUUAGUCAGUCUUAACCAGUAAAUGUAACAAGGUGCUCUAGCCAUUCAUAUUCAAGUAAAACCUUUAACCCAACGUACACAAAAAAUCUUUUACAUACCGUACUGCAGUUCUUAAUAGAUACAGAUCAAACUUAGUGCAGAGGCAGUAUUAGGAUAUAGUUUCGAUGAAUCGUCAGCCAGAAAUCAUUAGAAUAUUUAAAGAUGGCAGAUAUUCACCUUUGGGUAAAAUAUUUAUUUUGAGGAUUCCAGAAAAUCAAAUAUAAAUGUCAAUGUAAAUCAAUUAUAUUUAUUGUAAAUAUAAAUCAAAAUUAACACUUUUCAUAAAACUUCGAAGUAGUGCCAAGCAACAUUUAUUCCUACUCAUUUUUCGAAAACUUUUGGUUUCUAGAUGAAGUCCAUUUAAAAUUAUAGAAGUAUGCAGUUGAACUGUUAUAAGUGAAUAUGUCUACAUACAUAAUUACAGAUUAAUUGUAACUAAAUCAAGUCCACAAUUUACAAAGAAAUACAAUUUAGUUGAAGUGACACUCUGCCUAUCUUUACCAUGUUCUUGUUCAAUGUACAGGUACUGUACAUAAUACAAAUAUUUACAAAGAAAUGUAUCUGGUAAUAGAAAUUUGUGUCUAGCAAAGUUUAAAGAUUAUGGAUUUUCUUAAUAGUUGAGAGUGUUACAUAUUAACAUUGACAGUUAUUGCCAAUCACUGUUGUGCGAAUCAAACAUAUAAUUUUGUAAUGCAUCUUCAGUUUGACUUUUCGAGAUGAUGCCCUCAUAUAAAAUCUAUCUUUCCUACGACUGUUGUGCAUUAAUUCUCCAAUUUGGGCCCUUUGUUUGUCUUGUUAUUUAUCAGUGAUAACAUCCAUGAUGUAAAUUUCUGCUUUAUGCUGAUGGUAUUAAGAGCCGGCCGUAAUAAAAUGACCGUGAUUCCCCCCCCCCUCCAGUAAGAACAAUCUUAAAGAAAUUUUUAAAAACUCAAGAUACAUCUGGUUCUUAAGGUCUUGUUACAUUCACGAGCUGUGCAAUCGGCAACUGAUUCUGUUGUAGAGUGGGCUGUAUACUACUCAGUAAUUAGAUGUUCUGGUAAAUACUUAAUAAACUGAUACAAUAUAGUAUCUAACGAUCUGACAGAACAUAACGGAAGUCUUUAAUGAACUAACUGCUACUUUUUCCCUCGAUUAGUGACAAUUUAUAAAUCAAAAUUAUCCUUUUACAUACUUAUCAAUUGUGGAAAGUUCAGGUUGUAUUAUGAAAUAUACACUGCAAAUUAUAAGGCUGACUGGCAGUGGUGAUUGCGUGUCCUGACUAACAUAGCUUGUGAUAAAACUGACUAUAACUGUGGUGACCUUUGAUCUUUUGGCCCUAAAAUCAAUAGUUCUUCCAUGGAACCAAGGUCUUUGUACCAAGUGUUAAGUCCCUAGGACCAGAGUUAUUGCAUGUAGACAGACAGCAACACAAUUUUAAGAAGAAUCUGAUGGACCCUUUACAAAUUAUAUUUUUAUUACAUUACUUGCCAAAUUGUAUUGGAUGUGAAAAUUACAUGUCAACUAUGAGACUGUGACUUGAUUUCUCACCUUAGUGUAACCAAAGUUCCAUUUCUCCGAGUGUUAAAUGCCUGGAGCUCAGGUCUCCUUUGUUUGCUUUAUUAAAGUCUUUGCUCAAUGGAUUAAUAGGCGUGUUUUAGUAUUGAGUGGGCACAUUCAAAUUUACAUUACACUUUUAUCAUGGAUUUUUUCAUCUAAGCCUCUUUUUUUAAUACAAUCACAAAAAGGUUUCUUGGACCAUCAAACUACUUUCACGUUUACUAUAAAUAAGGAAAAUAUAUAGAAAUUGAUUUGUGGCCUUUUUAAAAUAAGUCUUUUUGCAUGUACGAGUUGACUGUUCAUAUGUCUGAACUUUCUUGUCAUCCUUCAAAAUAAUUGUUCUGCUUACUAACGUUUUUGAAAUUUUUCUGAAGAGAAGUGAUAUUAAUAAUUCAUUUAUAAAAAAAAAAUCAAUAAAACUAACAUUAAUACACAAUGUAUUUUAAUAUAAAACUUGAUUGCAUUAAUCCUUUGUUAUUGUUUACUGUUAUAAUAACAGUGAAUUAUUUUAUAGUUACAAAGUAUUUCAUUUUUAAUGGUUAAGCGGGAACAACUGUGUCACGCAAUUGGACAAUUGCUCUAAAACGUCUACAAUCAUGUAUUGUCCGGAAUCUGAUAUAGUUUACUGGUAGGUUAUUGUUAUCACAAAACGCAAAGAGGUGCGUAAUAUAUUAUUGAAAAUAAUACAUUUGUAUAAUAUGUACAUACAAUUGAUAUAUUAUUGUAAUAAGUAAUUUCUUAGGAGAUAUUGUAUAAAAGUUCAUUGAUCUCUAGGCUAUAGGCUUGUUGUCGUAAUUUCACAAUUUUUGUAUAUAAGAGUUUGUUGUACACUUAAGAAGGAUUGCCUUGGCUAUAUUAUUUAUAAAAUAACAAUAAAUAAUACAACCUAGUGUGUAUAUUUGUAAAAAUGUAAGCUUUAAUUAUCUACGUUACGAAUAACAGACCUUAGUUUUUUCUACAAAAAGUUAUAUAGAGAUAUAUAGUAACUGUUAUUACUUUGAGUUUUUUAUUUAGUAAAACAUAGGAAAAUGUUGUGGAUUAGUUUUAAAGUUUGAGUGUGUUUGAGUAAAUAAAAUUCGGACUUCAAAGGAACGCUUAGUUUUUCUGUUCAGUGUGUUUACCUUGCAAGUUUCUUUGCUUGUUGAAUAGCUUUGAAAUGCUGUGCCACGAAAAACCAAAAUUAUUUUUUAUUCUUUAGAAAAUUAGAUCUAUUGUGAUAUACCACUCUCUGUCAAUAUACAGUACCUUAAAUGUACAGUGUUUCAUUUUGUACAAUAAUAAAUUGUACCCAAAUUUUAAAAA